AUCAUUCACAUGAUCCUACUUCGCAGUUCAAAAACAAACCUGACGACAUCGGUAUAAGUUUAAGUGGUUUUUUUGCAUUCUUUUCGUUCGAUACAAGAAGAUGGAGAAAUAAUACAAGUCAAGAUGUAGGGCGCCACGCGCCUAUCGUCCGUCCCAUCGUGGUCUGCUCCUCGUCGUCGGACUAGAAGUCCUCGUGACUGCUUCUGGUAAGGCGCGAGCUGCUGCUCGUGCACCGCGGCCGCGCCAGAAUGGAGAAGAGCAACGUGUUUUUGCUUAUGGAAAGAAGAGGAGCGACAAUUUGUGAUAUAUUAUAAUGUUAAUAGCCCCCUAGCCCUACUUAUUUCGGGGUGAUACUCAACAUCUUCGUAAUUAUCGCCACUUAAAAUUGAUGAAAGCAAACACGGAAAGAAGAAGCAAGCGGGCUACAGAAAAUUCGUUAUUCGCAAUUUUUGAUAUCACAAGUUUUUCGUUUUAAUCCCUUUUCGUAUGCCUUCAACCAAGACCAUACGUGCUUCAUUUGCGGUACGACCCAGGGCUUUCGGGUCUUCACGAUUAACCCGCUCGUGGAAGUGCACCGGAGGGAAUCGAUCACUAUUGGAAACAUCGGUGGAGGUAGUACAGGAAGUAAUAAUGCCGCGCAAGAUGGUGCCACUGCAGGAGUACCACCUCAACCGGGUGGAGGCGGGGGUGUCACAACAGGAGCAGCUACCGCCAGUAGCGCAUCCUCCUCCUCCGCCGGUGGAGCUGCUGCAUCUGCGCUGCAAGCCGGAGCGCCACCUCAGGUGGACCCAAAUAGUACAACAACAGGUACUAGCAACCUGAAAAUGCAGCAGUCCAAUGCGUGCGGCCUGGUUGCGAUGCUUUUUAAAACGAACAUUUUCCCGCUGGUGCGCUCGAUAGAUAUCCAGUGCAAAUAUGUCUGGGUCUGGAAACCUGUGAUGCUGAGUUGCGCAUGAUUGAAGCGCGUGCAAUGGCAGCCAAGCAUGACAAGUUUUUCAGACGCCUGUUGAUGCCUAGCACGCAUUACAAAUUGCGUUUUUGCAUGACAAAGGAGCCCUCUUUUGCUGCUCAUGCAACACAGAUUUUCCACGAAUGCACGACACGCAUUACAAGUUCCACUUUUCCAGACCCAGACAUAUUUGCAUUUGAUCAUAGACAAUGGGAAGCAGUUUUCGAACCGGGUGCAAAUCUGGGACGACAACAAGCAGGCGCUGGUGGGGGAGUUGUCCAACAGGCAUGAGGUGCGCGGCUAUCCCACAGAAAAAAGCACGCUGGUCAUAUUUGUAAUGCGAAAACAAAUACAGAAAAAAAACUUGCGCUGCGCCUGCGUAUCCUAAACAGCAUGCUACGCGGCUGCCCAUGACAGAUUUUUCUGUGUGUUUGUUUUUGCAUUACAGAUAUGCCCUGCCAGCUCUUUUCUGUGGGAUAGCGGCGUCAUUCUGCGCAGAGACGUGAUCGCCAUGGUCUGCGAGUACAGUAUCUACCUGUACUAUGCAAGAAAAAAACUGUGUAAGUGUAGCUCUGUAAUGCAAAAUUUGCAACAGAGUUACACCUGUCAUGCCACACAGCCUUGAAGUCCUUUUUUCAUGUGUAUUUUCCCUUACAAGCCACGCAUGACAGGUUUUCUCUGUCAUGCAGAGCAAAUUUGUGAUGCUGUCAGCCAAAGAAAGUUACACUAACACAGUUUUUUUCUUGGAUAUGUACACGACGGACGUUUUACGCCUCAUCCUGCACGUGGCCACCUCGGGCAACCCGCGCGGGCUCUGCGCGCUGAGCCCGAAGGGGGACAUCUGGGUGCUCUGUUGCCCGGGACAGACGGCAGGUUUGGAACCGGGUUUUUUUUGUUUGUGUGCGUUCUUGGUUCAUCGAUUAUACUUGCAUCUGACGCAUCAGAAGUCAGGAGAUGUGUCUCCAUUUUCCCAUGACAUUGACAAAUUUGAGGACUACGUGCGGUCAACAAAGGUACCAUCCGCGUGCAGCAUGGGCAGAUUGAAGACCAACAGUUAAUCACCCCGAGUACGUAUGCUUUACAAAAGUUGCAUCUCAGUCGUACUAGCUUGCAUCGCAUGACAAAUGUUGUCGAACAAAACGGAAGUUGUCAUGCAGAUUAGGGUAAGGAAAGCAGAAUAUUGCAAACAGAAACAUUGCAAACAUGUGGACAUGCGUCGAGUGCGACAACUACGACUAGUACUACGAUGCUUUUGCACGGGAUAGUACCAACGCGCACCAGUCGCACGUCUUUACCGCUCAUCAGUCGUCGCUCGCCGCGCUCUCCAUAACACAAACCGGGACUUUAAUCGCCUCGGCCUCCGAGCAGGGCACCGUGGUCCGGGUGUUUUCCGCCAAAAACGGGCAAGUGUUGCACGAGCUGAGGCGGGGAAGCAGUCCCUGCAGUAUCUCGUGCCUGACAUUUCGAUCGGAUGACAGGUGAGAGUAUAGAUACAUAGGAAAACUCAAACUUUUUUUCUACUGCGAAGAUUGGGUCUCUCAUAGUCACGCAAAGAUUAGCUGCAUGAGUGCCACCAUUGCAUGUACACGGUGCGGCACGGAAAUAAGUAAAAAAAGCUCUGUAUUAGAAGUAGAACGAGGACGACUACCUCCUUGCGUCCUGAAAUCAGCCUGCCAUCAUGUUAUGAACACGACCAGGUUCCUCGCGGUCGCUUCGAACAGCCCGACCAUCCACAUUUUUCGGCUGGACGGCUACAACGCGGAGCAACUUUCCGCUGCUUCCGAGGACGCACUGCAGGCCGCGGGCGAAGCCGGCCAGGCGGGGCUUGCGUCACGAAGUACCGCAGGUGGACUACAGCAGGGCAGCUACCAAUUGCAAAUACGUCUGGGUGUGGAAAGUUGGAACUUGUAAUGCUGAUCUUGCAUUCCCGUGAAAUCUGUAUUGCAUGACCAACAAAAGUGGUAGCCUCUCAUGUCAUACAAAAACGCAGUUUGUCAUGCGGAGUUCGUAUGAGAAAGUGUUCUGCAAACUUGUCAUGCUUUCCUGCAUAAAGUUGAAUAAAGGAAGUGGAAGUGCUUUCCUCUUGCACAUUUUAGCAUCACAAAUUUCCAGACCCAGACAUAUUUGCAUUUGAUAGCAGCGUCGAGGCGACAACUACUACCGGGAAUGCAGUAGCUUCCUCUACAACUGGGCCCGCAUCACACGACGUAAAUCGUGGGGGAGGUGCCGCCAGCAGCAGUACUUCUAGUGGCUAUGCGGCCGCCACGGGGAACAUCUUGACGGGGGAGAACGUGAAGGAACAACUCGGGAAUCUAAUUUCUUCCAGCGGAGUAGUAGCGGAGAGGAUAAAGGAGGGGCUGAACCAGGUCGUCGAUCAGUUCAAUAACCAAAGCGAACUGAAAGAAAACCUGAAAAGCGCAGUGCCACGGUACUUUAACGAAUAAUAGCGAUCAUGUUCGUGGUGCAUGACAAAAUAAAAGUUGUGGUCUGCUGCCCUGAAGAUCAUGAAACCACUACGUCAGAACACUACAAAGCUCUGUGAAGCAAUACAAAUAGUUGCAGCUUGUUAUUUUACCGCCUGGUUUUUGUUUUAUUAUGAUUCAUCUCAAUUUCUAACUCUAUCCGAAGGUAUUUCCUCGCUUCGCGCUCCUACGCCCAGUGGAAGGUGCCUGAUAUGCCGAACACGUCCACCGAAGAGUCCAAUACCUGGGACCGGCAAAAGUACCCAGAUUUCCGCGCCCAGCACAGCAGCAUCCGCGGGCCGCUGGUGUGCUUUGGCCCGCCCGAGCACGACACAUUUUACGUGUUGCACUACAAUGGGUUCAUUUACGAGGUCAGCAUGGUCGCCAGUAGCGGGGAUCACGCAGUGGCAGGAGGGUCUUUUGGGGAAGACGGUAAGGGGAGUUUUUUUGGGAGAAGUAGAACUCAAGGAUGUUCUUUGUAUUGUCAUGUUGAAGCAGCUCUUGCACAAGAAACGAGGAGUUUUGAUGUCUUGCAUGAAAACAGCAGGACAAGCAGCAUGAAGAUCCUCUACAAUAAUUUUUGCAAAAAGAGUACUACUAUCGUGCUGUCCGCUACACCAGGUGCGACUCCCAGCAGCGGUGCACUUUUGCGUGGUUCGUUCCUGACAAACCAACUGCAGGCCAGCCCCAAGCUGUCAGCGACAAACACAGACACCACAAGUAGCCUCGCGGGCGGCGGCGGCACCAGUAGUUCUAGUGCAGCAGCUGCCUCCGGGCAAAUAUGCAUUGCAAAGAUGACGUUUGGGUCUGGGUAAAUGACAUGCUGAGCAGCAGCCUUGCAUGACAAAUACAAGGCAAUCUUUAGUGCUGCAUGAUUGGAACAUCAGAUUGUUUUCUGAUCUUCGUGCGAGUUCAUCUGCCAUCUUUAGUAUGACAGUCUGAUCUUCACCGCAUGAGAAAAGCAUUCGCCGAUAAUCCUCUCCAUGCAAUACAGAUCUGGGCGUCGCGCAACUCCCGCAUCACAAGUCCAGACCCAGGCAGCUGCAUAUUUGCAAUGCAUAGAACAUGAUCGGACAGCACCUGAAGGAGGUGAUUCCGGGCGUCCACGUCCAGGCAACCACCCAUUUAGUUCAGGCGCACGCGUUAUGCAUGGCAAAAGUAUCGUACUGGUAUAAAUCGCAUGACAAAUUAGCUCAGCAUGAGAAAUGGAAUUUGUCAUGCUGAUUUACCUCGGGAUGGAGAUUUGUAAUGCAUGACUGCGAUUUUUACUACGAGUGCGAUGCUUUUGCACAGGAUACGCAUGGUUCGCGUCGAGGCCUGAUUUCCAGAUGCACAAACAAAUCGUCGGAGCGGACGAUGAGGCGGAUUGGCAGCUGAUAUAAUGUUGAGCAUCUAUCACGAACACGAUGUGGAGAUAUUUUUUACAAGAAAGCGAAGGGAAUUCAAUGGGUCAAACAGCUCAAGAACAGGUCGUAGAACUAGAAGAACAGAAACAGAUUAAGAAUAAGUUACAGUUUUGGAUGAUUUAGAAAGAUAGAUGGAUACGAAGUAAUAAUAAUUGCCACCACGUGUUACAUCGAGAAUCUCAAUCUGCAGUGGAAUUUGAAGGUGCUUAUCCAAAGCCAUUUUGUGCGAUUCGUGUAGGUUAGGUUCUUUGGAAAAUGAAAAUAAGCAAGCGAGACACUAUGGUUGGCCGUGGCUCCACCUUCCGCCGAGUUAGAAAAAAACACGUCACUUAAGA